GGGUGUAAAACGCCUAUAUCAGCGCUAUUCGCCAGAAAUUUGGGUCUGCACGUGCCGCGUGUUCGGUCUUCAUUCCAGCGUCGGCGGGAAGAGAUUUCUCUGGUUCUGGGUGUCGGCGUUUUACAGCUCUUGCAGGGGGUCUGAGGAGAGAAGCUCAGAAGGGAGAAGCCGCCCGCGUCGCUCUGUUCCUCCGCGCUCCGACACUCGGAUCCCCUCUCCAUGCUGUCGGCUGUGCGGCUCCGAUCGGCGGCGGCGGCGGCGGCUCUUCGCGGGGGUCGGCGGGGCAGCGCGGGUCUCCCGGGCGGCUCCCAGCAGCACGCGGCCGCCCUGAGCUGGUCCCCCCCGGAGAUCCCCCGGGUGCUCAUCACUGGCGGUCUUGGACAGUUGGGGGUUGGUCUUGCUCAGAUGUUAAGAAAACACUAUGGGGUUGACAACGUGAUCUUGUCGGACAUCAAGAAGCCCUCGCCGGAGGUGUUCAACAGUGGACCUUUUGUGUACGCGGAUGUCCUGGACUACAAGAACAUGAAGGAGCUGGUGGUGAACAACCGCAUCACCUGGCUGAUACACUACAGCGCCAUGCUGAGUGCCGUGGGCGAGGUGAACGUCCCGCUGGCUCGCAAGAUUAAUAUCACCGGUCUCCACAACGUCCUGGAUCUGGCCUUGGAGAACUGCCUGCGCCUGUUCGUCCCCAGCACCAUCGGGGCUUUCGGGCCUUCGUCGCCUCGCGACCCCACCCCGGACCUGUGUGUGCAGAGGCCACGCACCAUCUACGGGGUGUCCAAAGUUCACGGGGAGCUGAUGGGAGAGUAUCUACAUCACAAAUAUGGACUGGACUUCCGGUGCCUGCGCUACCCAGGCAUCGUCUCGGCGGACACACAGCCCAGGGGGGGCACUACAGACUACGCUGUGCAGAUAUUCCACGCCGCGCUCACCACUGGCCAUUUUGAAUGCUACCUGCGGCCCGACACCCGCCUUCCCAUGAUGCACAUCAGCGACUGCCACCGCGCCACACUGGAGUUCAUGCAGGCACCCGACCGGCAGCUCUCGCUGCGCACGUACAACAUCGCAGCGGUGAGCUUCACCCCUGAGGAGGUGGCCGAGGAGAUCCGCAAACACCUGCCGCACCUGAGGGUCACCUACAACCCCGACCUGGCUCGGCAGACCAUCGCAGACAACUGGCCCAUGCGCUUCGACGACAGCAACGCUCGCAGGGACUGGGGCUGGAGGCCUGCCUACUCGCUCCCGGACCUGGUGGUGGACGUGCUGGGGGCGCUGCGGGAGCAGAGAGCCAAGGCGGGGCUUCCCUGCAGCUAGCGGUGACUCCGAGGGACUCGCUCCUGGGGUCUGCGCUGGCGGGGAUGGAGGGGGUGGGGUUACUGUACAGAGCAGAUCAGGACUGUUACACACAAACGCCCGUUUCUCCUCCUCGGCCAUCUGUCACAUCACACGUCGUUUCUCCAUCUUUGCCUUUUACUCGUACUUGAGAAUCUCACCACCCCCCAGUAACCAAGGUAAGUUGAAGCAGUGUUCAGACGCACCCGUUUACUCGUGCAUUAUGGCUCAGCGUCGGUCCUCGCAGGGAGGGGUUCGAGCGGUUGAGGUCAGCAUGGUGCAACUGUUUCUCUGCUCCGAAGGAUGACAACUGCCCGGUGUAUUAAAGAACGACAACGCAAUCCUCUCCUUGAGCGGCCAGCCUCUGCUUGUCAAUGUUCCUUUGCAAAACAAACCAGUUACUGCAGCAGGACCAGUAGGACUGCUGUAAAAACUUUUUUUUUAGGGGGGUACAUGUAGUGUGCAGAGCCUGUACU